GUUCCAACAGAGUUUGAGAGACUUUCGCAAAGAAACAUCAUCCCGGCUCCAACUAGCGUCAUGAAGUUCCCAUGAGCACUCGCGCAACCUCACCUCGCGAGGAGUAAGAACAGCCAACUUUUGGUAGGUGUUGUGCGCAAGUCAGGCCAUCCGCACUAAAUUAAUCACAAAACCAGCGCCGUUGCAACGUCGAGGCUUCAUGGGCCAAUUGGAAGUUAAACCCAGCUCCCCGGGCGUUUAAUCGUCGAGCCUUCAGAGGAGCACAGUUUCAACCGAUCUUACGGGCUCCAUCAUUGUGACAAACUGCCCAGCGCGAGAAGUGGAUUGCCUUUCCCGCGUUCAAUCCAUUUGCUAUUUCCGCAGAAUCUCUGUUCGGCUUGUUUCGUCCAAUCCAUCCGCGAAGUACAGCAGCACUCACCUAACAUCACGACGACGAUGUCCCUCCCUGAAGUACAGGACGCAGUAGAGCGGUUCGGUUGCGAGCUGAAUGAUAUCUGUCGCAAAGCGAAAGAAAGGCAAGCCGCCGCUCUGAGCGACCUGGAUGCAGAGACGCCGGUACUCCAAACACAAGUCAGAGCGAUUGACGAACGAAUCAGAGAGCUACAGGAGAAGAUAAGGACGUGUCGACGAGAAAGAAAUGCUGUUUCUGAACGACAAACAGAGAUCGAGGAGGCCUUCGAUGCGUCUGUUCAGCACAUGCGCAAGGUUUCAGCCUUACCAAAUACUCAGACUCUACUUGACUUCAUGAACGGCGGAAAUCCGGUUUCCUCGAAUCGCGUGUCGCCCAUGUCACCUUCUUCGGCAGGAUUCUUCUUAGACCCCCGCGUGGAAGCAGGUCACGCUGAUGAGCUGGCUCUGGUUGCCCAAGAACAGAGUCCGUAUCAUCUAGCGUCACCUGCGUCCAUCUCCGUUUCGCCAGCGAAGAGACGAGCCGAAGACGCGCCCGAGGCGUUAGGCAAACGCCUUCGCAGUGUACCCUCAGCUGUUAAAUCGGUUGAGAAGACGAUCCGCUUCGAUGAGCUUUACGACGAUGGAACUGCGAGAUACAAGCACAGGAUCGUCCAGUACAACGAAGAAUGGUUUAUCCUCAGGUGCGACGAACACAAUAUGCACUUUCCGUACAGAGCGGCCUCUGCGGCAGGUUCCCAUCUGAAAGCCUACGCUCACAAUGGGCCCUCAGCUGCUCUUCCGGCCGUCAUCGAGGCUUUCGGUAUUCGAGUCAUAGGAUGUGACAAAGAAAAGGCCGAGCUGAAUAAUGAGAGAUUUCAGAGGGCUUUAGAUGAUGGAUACCAGGUGUUGAAGUCCGCCAAGCGACGCAACGCACUCGGAAGCAUGCGAGGUGAUGAUGGUGACAUGGUUGAGGAAAUCGUAGUCGCUUGUCCGAAUGACUCCAGGUCUCUCGUAUGCGUUCGUCAAUCUUCCGUCACGGCAUCAGACAUCACCUUGCUGAACGAUGCCGCAAACCCUCAUAGCGAGGCACGCGGUGUUGCCGGUGCUCUCGGAAUCGGCACUUGUGGACAGCAAGGACUGUGUGAAGAAGAAGGACGCGAAGGGUUCACGGCAGUGGCGAGCGGUGCUAAUCCGUCGGCGAUGGAGCGUAAACAGCACAAUAGUUCUGCCGAACAAUGCGGAUGGAAAGAGGCGAGGAAUGCAAUCAACAGAAAUCACGAAAGCCAGCCAAGCACAACGUUGGAGCAGACGUGCUCCACGAUAGCUGUCUGUAGUCAGGCAGAUGGAUCGUUGGGGGAUGAUCAACAAAGCGAUAUGACCAGCUCGGGGCAGUGGUGGCAGGUAGUUGCUUGAGACUGCCUGCGGUGUCUCAUCACGCAGGCAUGAGGCGAGGGUAACAGCAUGAUACGUAUAUUUUUGACUAUCAGCGACGUUCAAGGAUCCGUUCAAAUUGCUGUAUCAUUGCUCCAUGGUGCCACGAUGUGUGAUGAGGUAUGCUUCCGGCACAAAUUUGUUCUUCCAAUGUGCACGAUGGCAUCUUGUUACCGGAUGAUUCGGCCUCCCCUUGGACCCUGAUGAGAGUCGCCCGCGACGUAUGGAGGGUGGGGCGGCACUGGUUAGAUAAU